UGUUAUAUCUGUAGCUUUUGACUAGAUUUAGCUGGUAACACUGGUUCUGUCGCUGUCGGCGAAUCGAAUGAAUGGCUGAUUAGUGUCGUUUGAUAUCGGAAAAAUUGCAAAAACUGACAUAUUUCAUGCGUUUCCUUGUCUGUAGACACAAUUAAACCUUAAAUUCUUAGUCUGUGUUUGGAUUGUUGUGCGCGUGUGUAUUUAAAGGUGUUAAAAUGACGGUGGAAGGUGAUGAGAAAGCGGUUCGGUCUCGCGUGUUCAUGGAUAUUUCAAUAGGGGGCUUGCCAUCCGGCCGUUUAGUAUUUGAGUUAUUCAAUGAUAUUGCUCCGAAGACUGCUGAAAACUUCCGAGCAUUAUGUGCCGGAGAUAUGGGUGUUGGGAAGAACACUGGAAAGCCGUUGACGUACAAGGGCAUGGUUUUCCAUAGGGUUGUGAAAGACUUCAUGAUCCAAGGAGGAGACUUCACCAAUGCCAAUGGCACUGGUGGUGAAUCUAUUUAUGGUGGUACUUUUGAAGAUGAAACCUUUGAAUUGAAACAUGACCGGCCAUAUUUACUGUCUAUGGCAAACAGGGGCAAAGACACAAAUGGUUCACAAUUCUUUAUAACCACACAGCCGGCGCCGCAUCUCGACAAUGUGCACGUAGUGUUCGGUACGGUAAUCGGCGGCGCGGCGCUGGUGCGUCAGCUGGAGGCGCUGGCGGUGGACCGCAACGCGCGCCCGCUGCAGGACGUCGCCGUCACCAACUGCGGACAACUCGUCAGGGUCAGCGAUAUUCGCAACCAAGACAAAUAUUGGUUGCCACAUAUGUGCUGUUACUCAUGUCACAAGAAUUUGACUAACUGGUUCAAUGGGAAACCAACAAAGAUGCCUUUUGGUCAACCUAUGAUUUGGCGAGAACCUAAGGAUCAUGUGAGUGACUGUUAUUUUUGUCUUACGGAUGUCAAAGGAUUUUCUAAGAAAUCAAAGCACACAGUAAAUUACCCAGAGGUGUCUUCUGUGACAAAACCAAUACCUCAUUCGGAAGAUCUUCCAGUACCUACGCCUCCAAGUCACGUUGAACACUCAAGUACCACUUCAGGUUCUGAUGAUGAAUUUGAGGACAUUCAAGUGGAAAGUACGUCUGAAUCACCACAUUUGAUCAACCAAGCUGAGCUCGACGACCUUGUUAGAGACUUGGACUUGCCUAAGGAAAAAUCUGAACUGUUAGGUUCAAGAUUAAAACAAUGGAAUCUGCUUCAACACGACGUUCGCGUUACUGCAUACCGUAAACGACAUGUUUCCUACGUUAAUUUCUAUUCUAAAGAUGGAGAUUCAAUUUAUUGCAACGAUGUUGUUGGUUUAAUGGCUAAAUUGGAUCACCAGCAUUCACCAGAUGAAUGGAGGCUGUUUAUAGAUUCAUCUAAAACUAGCUUGAAAGCCGUGCUUCUUCACAACGGAAACCAAUAUCCAUCCAUUCCAGUGACGUCAUCAUUUUCAUUUAUAUUUAACAAAUCACAAUUAUUUAAUUCCUUCAUCAGCAAGCGUCACUCCAGCGCAUCAGGUGAUGAGGAAGAGACUCCUGAGGCCCCCGCUCAUCCCUUAGUAUCCACUUCCAAGAUAGACCCGCGGGAGAUACCCGAUGUUCCUACCAACAGGUUCCUCAUGAGAGGGGGGAGGGAUCAGGAUGACAGGAGUGAUCCUAGGAGGGAUCGAGAGAGGAUGAGGUACCGCGAGAGGGAGCAUCGGUCCUACACGCGCAGCGGGAGGAUUAUCAAAGGCCGGGGAGUGUUUCGUUACCGCACUCCGUCUCGGUCCCGGUCCCGCUCCCGCUCCGUCACUCCGCCGCACUGGAGGCAGGCGCAGCGACGUAUCAUCAAACUGUCCGAGUUUGAGGUACGAGCUGAGCAAGAGAGGUCGGAGAAGGAACACCACAAUGUCACCAAGAGGAAAGAAAUUGAGAAAAUACACAGCCGCGACGCUGAGGGAACCACCCCGGACAAUCAUCCCGAAGAGAAAGAGGAGGGGGAGUGUGAUUCUACUCUGGAUCGUUCUCAAACAGACCGGGUGGAUUACAAUGCUUUGGACUUUGAAGAGGACAUUGAACAUGAUGAUAAUGAUACGUCUCACAAACGCAAACCAGUUGAGAAAGUAGAUCGUCGUCGUGAAAUGCGUCGAACCCCUGAGAACAGAGCUGAAAUGUUGGCACUGGCGUUAGGUGUCAACCCUAAACAUGAUCAACAAAGUGACGCAGGUUCCUUCAGCAGGGACUCAAGAGACAGUCGAGAGUCCACUCGACGUCGCGAAGGUUUGGCCUCCACUGUAGGAUACGCCUCCAAGUUAUCUUCAGCAGUCGGCAAUGUCUCUGAAGGGUUGGCUAAAGGCCACCAUGAAGAGAAGAGCAAGGAUGGUUAUGAUCCCUUCAGUUUGCUCAGGAGUACCUUCAAUAGAGGAGGGGAGAAGAAGGAUCAGAACCAACAGAGAAAAGAAGGAGAUCGCCGUGAAGCAAUAAAAGCUCGUCUAGGUGAGAAAGACAGAGAAGACAAACGCGACCGUAAGACUGACAGAGACGAUAAAGACCGCAAACAAUCAGAACAGAAGAACGACAAAGAAGACAGAAAUCGUAGAGACGAAAGAACUCGGAAGCUGCCCGAAAUGCCCGAGAAAGAAGAUAGAGCGAGGAAAAAUUCGGAAAAAGAAGAUAGAGAAAGAAAAAUAUCAGAAAGAGAUGAUAGAAGGAGACAUUCAGAGAAGAAUGAGAAAGAAGAUAGAACUAGAAAGCAUAGUGAGAGGGAUGAUAGGGAUCGUAAGCAUUCUGAACAGAGAGACCACAGGAGGACCGACCGCCAUAGGAGCGAAAGGUCUGAGCGUCGGGAGAAGAGUAAGGAAAGAGUAAGAAGUGAGAAGAGUAGAGAUAAUGACAGGAGUAAGGCCAGGGAUGAUGAUAAGGACAAGAAGAGGAGACGGUCCCGUACUCCUUCGCCGGCUAAAGAGAGGUCAAAAUCUCGUGACCGUAGACCCUCAGCAGCUGAGACCCGCGAGAAGAGUGGGGAGCGUACUCCACUGGACGAGGAGAAGAAAAAGGUGGGUCAAGAAGACGAGAGGAAUGAAGCUCGCAAGGAGUUAAUGGAGAUAGUUCGUCUCAUCAAGUCCAGACAACGGGACCGAGAGAAUAAAGCUGCUGCGGUCCUAGCAAAGAAGAAGCGAGAAUCUUCUCACUCGGACAGUUCAGACUCCGAUGGUGACAAGAGAAGGCGCCGUUCUUCUGAUAGAGAUCGAAGGAGAAGGAGUAAUUCUAGGGGUCGCCACUCGAGUUCCGAGCGUCGCACGCGCCGCCGUCGCUCGCGCAGUCCGCGCCGCGACCGACGCGACCGUAGACGAUCCUCAUCCUCGCGCUAAACACACGUGUCUUAUAUUAUACUAGACUUUUAAUUAAUUAUAAAUGUACUACUUUACUUUAUAAAACAUAAAUAAACAAAGUGUUUUUUGUAUUUUAUUAGGACCUGUUUUUAUCAACAUUUUGACACCCAAAUAUGAAAAA